AUGCUUCCUCUCGAACUCGAACGGUUCAUUUUCGAGAAGGCCGCUCACGAUGACCUAUCCAAUAUACCCUCACUUUUACGCGUCGCUCGACGAGUGCAAAAAUGGAUCGAGCCACUGUUAUACCGCACUCUCAUCACAGACGACUCUCCUAAAGGACGCUCUCUGAAACGCACCAUAUAUGUCAAGCCACCCCGCUUCUUCAGCGAGCACACGCGCAAUCUGUACCUAACUGGGGCAGGAAAAUGGACCGAAGACUACGCUCACGACUUGCUCGCGCUCUGUCCGCGCCUCACCGCCCUGGCCGUGAGUGGCAUCUGGGGCAGCUUCCAACAAGAAUCCGUCAAGAAGAUUAGCGGUGUUCGUCGCUGGAGCGGGUUUCUAUACGCUGUUUUUGGCUACUCAAGCAUGCCCGACAUUGGCCUCGCGCGCUACCCCUGCUUUGCAAAUGUCACCCACAUGGAAAUAUUCGACACCUUCACCGACGACGACGUGUUCAUUUCUUCGGCACUCGCCAGUCUUCCGAGCCUGACCCAUCUCUGUCUGACGGACACAACAUCAGACAUUCUCAUCCUCAUCGCUGGAACAUGCACAAAACUUGAAGCACUGGUCUAUAUGCCUUCAACACACAAGGAAGCCCGUGCAAUGGCUGACCAUCCUCCGUUUCCUAGCGCAGACCCUCGAUUCGUUGUUAGCCGGUUGCAAUUCACCGUAUUUUGGAGGGACUGGGAACUCAAUACCGAUACGACGACGGGCUUUUGGGCUGCUGCCGAUAGGUUCAUAGCCAGAAAGCGCAGUGGUGAAAUUCAAGAAUCGUCUUAUUGGCUGGAGUACAAGUGGCCCAUGAGCGGGACCCAAGAGCAUCCACAUUAG